UGCAUUAUCAGAGUGACUUAGUAGUUGUGAAGAUGUCGUCAACAUGUGAAUCAAUACCGGUACUUUAUAUUAAAGCAUACAAUAACUUUGAUGUUGGUUUUAAAAUUGGAAAUACAUUUAAGCAUUUUAUACAAGAGCAUGUAAAGACCAAAACAACGGAAUUACUAUAUUCCUUCUACAAAACUGAAGAAGGAAGAAAGCUGUAUAAUGCAGCUGUUGAAACAACGGAGAGAUGUUAUCCUCAUAUCGUGGAAGAAAUUAGGGGAAUGGCGGAAGGAUCGGGCGUGUCAUUCGAAAGACUAUUUCUACAGGAUAUGGUUUCGGAGAUAAUUUUGCACCAUUCGAACAAGACAAAGGACAAAGAAGUUGGCCAAGACAUCGAAAUUGCUGGAUGUACAGACAUAAUUGUGAAUACAUCAGAUUGUAGAAUUCUUGCACAUAAUGAAGACUGGGGAACGGAGGUUGAAAACAUGAUGUAUAUGGUCGAUGUAGAUCUAGACAAAAGCGCAUUAUGUAAAGAUGACAACAGUAAAAACAUACACAACCAAGAAACUAUAAACCAGGUAACUGCAAGACGAAACGAAAGGUAUCUCGCAUGCAUAUUUCCAGGGUAUCUUGCUGGGAAUACAUUUUAUGUCAAUAAAACAUUUGCCGUGUCAAUUGAUUCUCUCGUGCCAAAGAAAGUAAAUCAUGGUGCUGUGCCAGUUGAUAUACUUCUCCGUGCCUUAAUUGGAUGUGAAAGUAUAGAAGAGUGUGUCGCUGUUAUGAAGAACGAUCCUGUAGGCUGCUCAUAUGGAAUAAACAUCAACAUUGCUAGCAGAAAGUCAGACGAUAUGUGGACGUUGGAAGUCUAUCCAGAUAAUGGUAAAACAAUCGUGGAUGUGAAGCACAUUUCAUAUUCAAACAGCGCCAAUAGAGACUCGUACUACGUACAUACAAAUUAUUACAAGCAUGUAAACGAUGCGGAGGAAGCACCAGGAUUAGACGGUACAAAAGCUAGAGAAGCAACUGCAAGUCAAAUGUCUGUACCAACAUGUCUCCAAGACGUCUGUAAUAUUUUGGGAGAUACGUCCAGUACGAUAGAGCCCAUCUACCGAACACCUGGGAGCAGCUUUAAAAGUAAAAAUGUUGCAACGAUCGCAUCUGCAGUGUUUGAUAUGAAUGAAAGCGUUCUUCGUGUUUAUCUUACGAAUCCGAAAACUGCGAAACAUCCAUGUUUAUCUGUGCCAUUUGUUCAGUAACUGUUUUUGUUUUUGAAUCCAAAUACACUUUUGCCUUUCUCUUUUCUUGAGAAAAGUUACUUCACUUAUUGCAAAAGCUUGGUGUGCGUUUAGACUGAUUAGUUUGACAAACGAUAUGCGAAACAAAUGAGAAAGCAACUUAUGACACUACGUAACCAUUCGGCAAAACAUGCGGCUAAAGUAAAACAUUUCGUUGUGUCGUCCUGGCACGCGCACAAACACGCCAUGCCGAAAUUUCAAUUCAGUUUCCAUUUGUUGGGUUUAAUGUCGCACCGACACAAUUAAAGGUCAUAUGGCGACUUUCCAGCUUUGAUGGUAGAGGAAGACCCUAGGUGCCCCUCCGCGCAUUAUUUCAUCACGAGCGUGCAACAGAGUAGAACCACCGACCUUCCGUAAGCCUGCUGCAUGGCUUCCUUACAUAAAGGAUUCAACGUCCCGAGUGAGGCUCGAACACAUAUCGAUGAGGGGCAAGUGAUAAAUGGGCUAUUAUAUCAGAAGUUGAAAGUAUUCGGCUACCAUGGAUUAUUCAAAACCGGAUCGCAUGAUGCGCAUAAUAUUGCUCUCUCUGUGUACAGUAAGGGAGUACAGUAAGGGUAUAGUACAAGAUCCAGUAUAUGAGCGCGCUAACGAAACAUUUAAUACAUAUGACCUCUAUGACUGUACAAGGUAAAAAUGAAGUUUCAGUAUAUUACAAAUGCUGACAAGUUUCUUGUAAGAUUUAGGUAAGUAGAAAGAUUUCCUGCGGCCAGAAGUUAUACAGACCAGAAAUUGUUAUGGUGGUAUGUGUGACCACUCAGCUCAAAAAGUAACUUAUGGAUGAAUAGCGUGCUUGUUUUUUUUUUUACCAUACCAUUACGCCUUAAUGUAGGAAAUAUUACUUCAUUCUGCAUGUUUUACAAGUAGAUCUAUGAAAUAUGUAUUUCUUAAUUCUGAAAGUUAUUAUUUUGAGCACAAAUAAAUAUAUUUACCUUUAA